UCUCUCUCUCUUUUUUUUUUUUUUUUUUUUUUUUUUUUAGUUUUUCGAGACAGGGUUUCUCUGUGUAGUCCUGGCUGUCCUGGAACUCACUUUGUAGACCAGGCUGGCCUCGAACUCAGAAAUCCGCCUGUCUCUGCCUCCCGAGUGCUCCUGAUUGUCUAACCCAGCUCCCCUUUGGCCUCUUGAUGGUGCUCCCCCUCCAAGCUGCAUGCCUAGCUUUCCCUCCUGCCUGCUUUUUAUUUGUAUUUUGGAUACUGGCUCAAGUUUCAUAGCCCAGGCUAGACAUAGCCCAGGCUAGACUCAGACUUGGAUUCUUCCUGCUGUCUUCACCUCUAGAGUCCCCACGUGUCAGGAUUUCAUGUUUUGCAGAUCUCACUAAUUGCCUUGAACUUGUAAUUCUCCUGCAUUGGCUUCAAGUGUGCCGCCAUGCCCAGCUAACUCCUGUGGUUACAUGGUGACACUGAGAUUUUGUUUUGACUUAUUACAAUGUCAGUUCUGUAAGGACUGGAACAUUCUACCGAGGCUUAGCCUGCCCCUUUCUCCCGGCUGGCCUGGGUGCUAUCCUGCCCCUGUCUUUACUGACUGUGUGCGUGUACCCUUCAGUCUGACUUCUCCAGCUUGGCCUUUGCCAGGACUCAAGGUUUCUAUGGUGACUCCACAUGGGUGUGUGACAAGCACUUGGAGUGUUCCACCUAACUCCCAGCCUUGCCACAUGGGUGUGUGACAAGCAUCUGAUGCGUUCCACCUAACUACCAGCCUUGGCAGAUGGCACUACCAUUCUUUACUGUCACCCAGGUCCCAAAUGUGUGCUAUCUUUGCCAUCCCACCCCCACUCCGUGUUGCCAUGGACACCCUAGGCACUGUCUGCUGAGCUACAUCCCCAUCCCUUUGGGCGUCCAUCUUCCCUGUAUGGCCUUUUCAUGCAUAGUCAUCCAGCUGAGGUAUCUUGUUCCUCCACAGCACACCCCAGACUUGCUUUCCUUGCCACUGGCCCUCUUGGCCAGGCUCCCAAAGUUUCUCAUGUGAGCUUUGGCCGGAGGAGCACUGGGACGCCACGUCACUCUUGUCCUUGAGUACUUUUCUGCAGACUAGCCCCCAAGAAUCCUUAUGGAAAUCACAUCGCUCACCUCUCUUGUUGUUUAAAACUGGAUAGGCAUUUCCUGUGGGACUCAGCAGUGGCCGGAGUCAUCACUAACUCCCAGUCUUCCUGGCUUGUGUUGCACAGGCUCUCCUGUCUUCUGUGUAAGUCUGUGCCUCUCUUGCCUCAGGAUUUUCACAGUUAUCGUUGCUUCAGAAAGGGAUACCGUUUCUCUGUUUGCCCUGUCAACUCCUCUCAGGUACCUGUGCUGACCCUAGCCACCCUCUCUUAUGUCACUAGACGUAAAUAUGUCUGGUCUGUUGGCUUAUGUGUUCAUGCUUGGUCUCUCUCUAUAUGAACAGGAGCAUCUUUUGUGUAUUUGUGCUCAGAAAGUGCCUGGAUGUAGUUAGUAGGUUGGGAAGCGUUGGCGAGGUGAGCAACGUAAGGAAGUUCAGAGCUGUCACCCCUGCUCACUCUCCUUUCUGACUAAAGGUCAAACUGCCUGUUGCUCCCAAAGAUUUUUGCAUUCUAAGAAGCCAUUUCCAGAGACCAUGAGGAAACGAGGCCCUGCCAGGACAAGCUGAGUAAAAGCCCCUGGUCCUUUUUUGAGAUGCCAGGUUCCUGUGAAAGCCUUUCCUCUGCCCAUUCAGUCACCCCAGAACAAACACUGCUGAUGCGCUUAAAGUGGAAGUGACAAAACUGCUCCCCCUGAGUCCCCACUGUUAGUCUUUACUGUACUGGGGGUGGGGGGUGACACAGCACUGACCUUGUGGUUCUUUGUAAACACUGACUCUGGCUUCUAGUUAAAUGUAGUAAACUGGGCAGAUGUGUGUAUCUCUGCUGCUACGGCCCAACUCUAGCAAAAUGGCAGAAAGGUGUAAAGUAUGUAGCAACCAAAACCAAAGGACCAAAGGAGAAAGAGAAUUCCCCAGAAUAGUAUCCCAUACAGGAGGGAAGAAAGAGGCCCCAACUCCACAGCCACACAUGGGAGCCCUGAGAGAGGACCAGUAUUCCUAGAAGUAUUAGCAUGAACAGCAAAGGAUGCUCUUGACCCAAAUCACAGAAUGUUCCAGCCAGCUCUGGUCCCCAUUUGUGGCUUAAACAAUAAAUUCAUCAUAGGAAGCAGCAAAAAUAACCAAGGUUUUGUUGGUUUUUCUCCAUACUGAGGAUCUAACCCAGGACCUCCCAUGGGCUAGGUAAAUACUUAAUUACUGAGGUAAGACUGCAGGCCACCUGGGUUUUGUUGUUGUUGUUUUCGGAGAAGGGUGCUUGGGAUGGUGAUAUGAGGCUGUCCUUGAACUCUUGAUUCUCCUGCCUGUGCCUCCCACGUCCUGGGAUCACAAGGAUGUUGAGGUUUGGCUUUUGCUGUAUAUUGUAAUGCUGAGUGUGGCUCCCAAAACCUGGUUGCCCCAGAGACGAAAUAGCCUGCCUGCACUUAGACCCAAAUGACUAUGUGACCUUGCCACCAAAUUAUUUCUGAUUAGUAAAUAAAGUGCCAACAGCCAGUAGCCGGGGAGAAGAGAUGUAGGUGGGUUUUAGGGUUCCUGAGCUUGGGGGUUGGAGAAUGACCAGGGAGAAAAAGGUAAAAGAAAAAAUGUCAUCAUAGGUCAGGAGUUAAAAAACAUGGCCCCAAGGGCUGGCCAAUCGAAGAUUUUAAUAACAUAGAGGGUAGCUAUCUGCCCAGCUCUAGUGCUGAUCUAGAAUGGGUUACCUUGUUGUAAAUGAAUGAAUAGCCUCUCCCCAAUUGCUGUCCAAAACACGCCACAGGAAGUUGGUGCAGAGACAGGCUGGUUCAUCUUGGUUUAGGCAGCUGAAGAAAAACUUUCCAUUAGAGCAGAGAACUGACUCUCACUAUAGAUACUUAGUGUAGGGUUUAGUCUAAAGGAGACGUGUUCCAGGUCACAACCCGCUCAAGUUGCUAUGGAGAAGUCAGCAUUGAUUCCCUUAUGUGGGCCGGAGUCAUUACUUGUUGCUGUCUUGGCCAGUUUCUGAUAGGCUUGGAUCAUUUUCAGGGUGUUCAUGGGUAAAUGCUUGAGGCUAGGGGCCGUGAGUCCCAGUACUAUCACGGCCUGAUGUCAAACCAAGGUGUUCUCAUUCAAAACAAGGAGAGAGAAGUCACGUCUUUUUUUCCUCUUUCAGUUUUCUGAGGGCUGUGACUAAAACAUCCUGGCCUGAACAGUUUCUUGCAUUCUUACUUAAAAGAAGACUCUGGCGCACAGCAGACCUCUUCUAGCUAUCUUUAGUGGGCUGUGGGGUGUAUGUGACUAGGAAUUCAGCUGUGCUUACUACCACGGCUGCAUAGCAUACACGCUUGGGUAGGACUUUAGAAUAGCCUCCUGGGGCUCGGAGAUCUAAUUUUUCAAGUACAUGGUAUGUAAGAGUCUCUCCUCAGGUCCGUGCGCCUCCAGGACUUCUUGCACCAGAGGCCUGGAACUUCUUUGUUUAAAAGCCACCACCCUCGGCCCUGGAAAGACAGCCGUGCCUUGCUUGGAGCAGACAGAAGGCUGACUUCCUUUCAGUCUUGUGUAGUUUGGCCUUAGCGUGCCUUUGGAUUCUUUACUUCUCGAGUGUGGCCCUGCACAGAUCCAUCUCUGUCUGGAGACUCAGCUGUGUGGUAGAACUGCCUCUUCCGUGUUUAAAACUUGGAGCUGCCUUUUGCCUUUGCUCAGAAAGUUGUGUUUUUUCCUCAGCUAAUGUUUUUUAGGGUUUCUGUCAUUUACGGGCCCAUACGGAGCUCAAAGCUGCAUCCGAUUCGGGAAUGUCCACAGCCGGCGGCAGCCAGGUAUACAGACCCGUGCGCCAAAGUUUGUCUUUUAGAUAAGAAUGCAAGAACUGUUCUGGCAAUACAAGUUUAGUCAAAGAAAGCCCUAGGGAAAGUGAAAGAAGAAAAAGAUGUGACUUUCCUCUCCCUGUUUUGAACAGAAACACUAAGAUGUGAGGAGGGCCAGCGGGUCCGGGAGCUACAGUGUCUCUAGGCCUCUAGGCGUUUCUUGGCAGGGAGGAGGUUAGUUAGGUGGGUAGAAUUCUGGGAACUCCUGGUGGAGAAAGGGGCGCCUCCCUCAUCUUAAAGGACAGCAGGUUUGGGUGUAUGGGUAUAGCAUACACACCCAUGUGGGCCAGGGGGAGAAACAGGAGUAUUCACACUGCAUGUUUUGUGUGUGCCUGUCACUUGCCCGAGGACUUGAUCACAUCAUCCCAUUCAAUCCUCUUAGUAACUUUUUUCCUAUUGGGAGGAAAACCAAGUUAAGCUCUAAAACGUACUGAACCCAGGGCAAUCUGACUUCAAGGCUCUAGGCCUGAGUGGGCUUUUCCCUCCACUAGAGCAAAUGGAUACUUGAAGUGGGGAGGAGUAACGUGAAGAGGUAAAGUUUAGGGGGAAAUGUGGCUUGGGACAGAUGGGGAAAAGGAUGCAUCCGAGUGCUGAGCUAACUGCUCUGGACGCUUCAGGAAGCCAUUGACAGUUUUUAAUGGGGGGUGACAUGACCACAGCAGGUCUUCCAGCUGUACCUGUAAAAACAUCUGAGUUCAUCACUCCGUGCCAGACACUGUCCCCUGAGCCUGGCACCCUCAUUCUAGCCUGUGAGGUAGGUGCUGUGGAUAUCCGCUGUACCUGUUAAUGAAAGUCAGUGGAAGUUUAGAGAGGGUAGAGGACAGAAGGAAACUGAGUAUUGCUAUGGGAGGUGAACUUGAGGUCAAAGGCAAAAAGGUCACUGGCGAAAUCCCUGAGCAAUAAUGAAGGCGGGAGUAGGGGGCUAGCAGGAUAAGUGAGAGGCUGGGGUGUAGCUGAGGAGGCUGGGAGAGUCCGAUGGCAGAGGCUUCAGAUCUCCACCCUGUAAGAUGCUAGUAUUGAUAAAAGUGGAAGAAGGGACAAUUUCCUCCUUGGUACCUUCUCAACAAAAUUGAAGAAUCAGGCUGGAAUGUUUUGCUCAAAGGUCAGACCGACAACUUUGAGUUAAGGGCAGUUGUCAGAGAGAUUUACUCAGGAUUCAACUUUAGACAGAAAAUGUAUGUGAUGGCCGGGCAAAGGCGGGAUACCUGGGGACUACAGAGCACUCUAAUUCAAGGCUGAAUAGAGUUCUAGAUGUUUCGGCUGGUGAUAGGGUCUGGUUUUAAUUAAUUAAUUAAUUAAUUUACUUAUUUAUUUUUCUAGCAAUGAUCAAAGAAUAAAUGUUUGCUUAUUGACACUUCUAAAGGCCGAAAGGUUCAAGAUCAGGUGGCGGAGUCCGGGAAGGAUCUUACUGCUGCAAGUCAGUGCAGGGUACCACAUGUCAAGACAGAUGGCUAGCUCAGGUCUCUCCUGCUUUUAUAAAUCUCUAAUGCACCCUGGGGUUCCUUUCCACUCCCUACCUUCAGAUACCCUCGCUUGUGACUUUGGGAAUUAAAUGUCUAGUAGUUGAUAAUCUGGAGAACACGCCGAGAUGGUAGCAGAGGGACAGCUGGAUAGGUGGUGGGUGACCUGAAUUCUUGAAAGAGCUGAAUGACGGAGAGAAAUUACUGGGUCCCUGGGCAUCUCUGUACACUUAAGAUUGUCACUCGGGCCAACCAGCUUCGGCCUGACAGCCUUCCAUUUUCCCCAUUCAGGAAACAAUUCAAAUCACUAUGGUUUUGGCUCAGGAUGUGGCUUAAUUUUUGCCUAGCAUCCAUAAAACACUGAGUUUGACUUCCAGCAGUACAUAAACCAGACACAUAACUGGAAUUGCAGUCCUUGGGAAGUGGAGGCAGAAAUAUGAGUUCAAGGUAAUCUCUGGUUAUGUGGUGAGUGAGUUUGGAGCCUGCCAGGCUGCAUACUACCCUGUCUAAAAACCAACAUCAAAGCCCAUCAUGUAGUUGCCACGGAGUUUCCUGAGAAAGCCAGAAGUAGAGCAAGGUGAAAAUACAACACGUGUUUUAAGUUUCUCCCGGUUUUAGUUGGUGCCUGGAUUCAUCCACUCACUGCUUCGCAGCAUCUUUGUGUCUCUGCGUCUUUGUGGCUCUGCGGGGUCCCAGGGUGAUAGCCAAACUUAACAGUGGGAACCGUGGCACUCAGUAGGGCCAGGGCUGGCUGCCGGCAAGGGAGGUGUUUAACUUCCCCAGGGCUUAGGUAAAGGAAGCAGGCACUGAUAAGAAAGCGUGUGAGUCUCAGCUUUAGCUUUUUAUGGGGGUCACUGUGAGAGGGAAGGUCCAUUCACAAGCCUCCAGCCUUCACUCUGACAGUGGCUUCCUGCAGGGCCCCAGCCAUCCUCUAAAAGCUGUGACCCCAGCCUGAGGAAGAUGCAGGCUGCAGCUCCUACACUCUCCUCUUAAGACUUGCUCAGUUACAGAGCUGUGUGGUUGGCGCUUGUUGGUCAGUUAUUUGUUUGUUAUUUUUUGUUGACAGAGGCUACCUGAGAGGAAAUGAGAAUUUUUAGGUGAGCUCUUUUUUUUUGUUGUUUUGUUUUUUCGAGACAGGAUUUUCUCUGUAUAGCCCCGGCUGUCCUGGAACUCACUCUGUAGACCAGGCUGGCCUCGAACUCAGAAAUCUGCCUGCCUCUGCCUCCCGAGUGCUGGGAUCAAAGGCGUGUGCCACCACGCCUGGCUAGGAAAUGAGAAUUUUAAUUUUUUUUCUGCUUUUUUUGGUAUUUUGAGACCUGGCCUUACUGUGUAAGUCCAGGCUGGCCUGAAACCUGCUCUACCUCCCAAGCCCUGGGAUUAACCAGCCAUGGCCAUCAUUUGAUGCACGUUAGAAAACAAAACCAAGAAAUGUUUCUGUGAGGGACACAUCUCAUCUUUAAGUUCAUAAGACACGGGGAAAGCCUUUUCCCAGAUGUAGCCUUAUUUACUGUUUAUUUUUUAAAAUUAAGAAAAUUGGGGGUAUUUUUAAAUUUGUGUCACAUGGGUGUUUGCCUGCAUGUAUGCUUGUGCACCAUGGAGUGCCCACAGAGGACGGAAGAGAGCGUUGGACUGUCUGGAACUGCAGUUACAGAUGCUUGCCGUGUGGGUGCUAGGAAUGGACCCUGGGUCUUACGUAAGAGCGGCCAGUGCCCUUGACCAUUGAGCCAUCUCUCCAGCUCCUUACUGAUUUUUUUUUUUUUUUUUUUUUUUUUUUUAAGAUCAGUCUCACUUAAAACAUUCGCCUGUCUAUGUUAGGGAUGAGAAAUACAGGCUCGGAGAGUGAUGCCACACCUUCCUGCUUCUUGUCUGCAGUGGGCCAGGAGUGGACAAGAGGCAUGAAUGGAUGAAGGGAGGUUUCGGAAAGAACAGUUCUGUACUGCAUACUGUGUUUCUGUUGGCAUGCCCAUAUGCAGCAGUGAUCGAUAAGAUUAUAGUGUAAUUGAAAAAAAAUCUCCAUUACCAAGAAAUGCUACCAGUCAGACCAUACUUUGGGUAAUGCUGGUGUAACCAAACCAACUCUAGUGCCAGUCACAUAGAACUUUUAACACAGUAUGCUGCAUGUUACCAGGUGACCAUGAAGACAUGACUCAUGGCGUCCUUUUGAGAAGAAAGUCUUCUCCCGGGACGCUUAGCUCUUGUUUCUGUUUGCUGACAAAUGGCUAUGCUUUGUAUCUUCGCUUGUCUGAGAGAUUAUUUGGGAUAUUCUUCAAUAUGCUUGCAAAAGGGAACCAUAGACCAGGAAGCACCAGUAACGUUUCCUUAUUUCUGGUAAGUCUCUUUAUUUAUAAUAACUAUUAAGGUAAAGGUUAAAUGAUUAGUCAACAAAUAGGUAUUGGGUAAAAUCACGCCUUUCAGCUUGGAGUUUGUGGGAAAGCGGUCAGGUGCAGGUGGACGGGGGAGCGGGACAGGCAGUUAUAGUUCCCACCUCAGUUGUCCCUUUAUCUAUGUUAAGAGUUCUAAACGUGCUUGAGGGCUGGUGAGGUAGCUCAGCGAGCAGCUUAAUGUCCUAGUGACCUGAGGGGGACCUCAGAGAAGGCUGGAAGGAGAGAAAGAUCCCUGCAAGCGGUCCCUGACCUCCACAUGCACUAAACAACCAUAUGGUUUAAAACACUUGCAAUAUAAAGGUGGUUGGUUCUGAGCAGGGUGGUGUUUAUAACGUGCUCCUUCGUUUCCCUUGUUUCUGUGUCUGUUGCAAUGACUUUCUACAAGAAAAGCUACUAGCUGCCUGACCUUUGCCUUCUGAAAAGGAGCCGGGAAGGAUCCCGUUUGAACUUGUGACAUCUUGCCUACUGCAGGUAGAGCUGGUAGAAUGACAAGUGACUCCUCCCUGCUCCGAGCUGACCUGUGUUCACUUUCCUCCUCCUUUCCACUCCAUGCCCGGCAGUCUACUAAACAACCCUCAUGAGGAUGAGAACUUGAGACUGUUCCUGGCUGGCUACUGAGCAGAGCUUGGUAAUGAGUGGCUUCGUUCCGGAGAGUGGAUCUCACGCAGACAUCCAGUUUGUAUCCUGGGGUUUGACUGUGAUAGUUUUCCUCAUUUCACCACACCACACUGGAGCCUACACUCAGGAUUUCCUGCUAAUGGAGAACCUCCCCUCACAUCUUCAGAGUAAACUUACUAUGGGUAUUUUAACUCGGCUUGGAAGGAAGCAGAAUUGUCUGCACCUCCGAGUACCAGGAAAAAACUCAACAGAGGAAUUACUGAGUUUCCCCUAGCUUGACUGUAUACAGCAUCACAGAGAAGCUUAGCAAACAAGCAAUGAAAAGGUGAAUUUCGGGUAUGAUACAUGAAGAGUUAAUCUAAAACUAUGAAUUUGGGGACUUAUAGAAGAGACAUUAGACAGCCAAUAGCAAAACAAACAGUUCCUUUUUUUGUUUGUGUGCGUGUGCAUGCGGAAGUCAGGGCAGCUCUGAGCAGUUAGUUAGCUCAUGCCUUCCACCUUGUCCAGGCAAGAUCUCUCCUGUGGUUUCUGGUGCUGCUCUGUACUGUGCCGAGCCCUUCAGGCUCGCUCCUAGCCCCCAACCCAUGCUCCAGGCAGUUCCGACUACCUUCCAUCUUGCAGUAGCAGUACUAGGGUUGCUGCUGAACACCACUGCACCAGGCUUUAUAAAGUGAGUUCCAGAAAUAAAAGUCAGGCUUUUAUAGCUACUGUCUUACCUGCUGAGCCAUCUUCCAGGCCACCACUACCACGGCCUCUUCCUCCUCCUCCCCGCUUUAAAUAGCAUGCUAACUGAUUAAAAGAGAAAAUCAUAGCUAGGACAAAAUAGCUAACAACUGACUGGAUCCAACUUUCUGUCCAAUGGAAAAAUAUUGUAAGAUUGUGGCUUGGGUAAGAAAUAUUUCUCAUGCACAGUUGUUGGAAGCAUCCUCUUUCUGGGAAGCAGUUUAGUUGUUUGUGUUCCUUACCCUCCCCUACUAUGAGAAUUUCUUCUGGAAAGGUAAAGAUAAAAUAAUUCGGUUAUAUGAAGGACCCACGUACUGUGUAGCCAUGGAAAAGGGGGCUGUCAGGGAACUGGUGUUGUGAGCUGUGAUGUUGUGUUACGUUUUGCUUUGUUGUUUGAGACAAGGUCUCACUCUGUAGCCCAGGCUUGUCUUGAACUCACAGAGAUAUACAUGCUGCCUCCUGAGUGCUAGGAUUGAAGGUGUGUGCCACCAUGCCCUGCUGGGGUGUUUGUUUUGUUUUAAGGAUUUUGUUUUAAUUAUUUGUAUGUCUCUGUGUGAGUUUGUGCUGCUGAGUAUUUUGUAUAGAGGUCAGAGAAGGGCAUUAGGUCCCCUGAACCUAGAGUUACCAGCAGUUGUAAACCACUGAAAGUAGGUUCUGAGAACCAAACUUGGGUCCUUUCCAAAAACAGUGUGUGCCCUUAAGAGCUGCGUCAUCUCACCAGCUCUUCAGGGAAUUGUUGGUAAUACAGAAAUACAAUAUUGGGGUCAAAGAAAAGAAGAUAUGGAACUCUACCUGCGUGACAGGAUCCAAUGUGUAUCACAAAAUGUGUAUCACAAAAACAUAUCUGGAAUAUGGUGUUAGCACUGGCCAUUGUCAUCUGAGUGUUGUGUUGGAGUGUGUGUGUGUGUGUGUGUGUGUGUGUGUGUGUUUGUGUGCACCUGUGUGAGUAUGAUUACAUGCUUGUGUGUAAAUAAUUUAAAAUGCUAUUCUGGAAAAUUUAUCACUGCCAUAUGGUAUGUAUGUAUGUAUGUAUGUAUGUAUGAUAUAUAUACUGAAAUGAGGUUUUGUCACUUAGCAAGAAGGGCCACGCUACCAGAAUUAACAAGGUCUAGUUGGGAUGGUAUAUUGUAUUAACUUGUGAUGAUAAAAUUAAUGCUUUCUUUUAGAAACCAUAAAGGGGACCUAUGCAAAACUUUAAGUAGUGCCCGUAUAAGGACCAUGCUGUCUUUGAUGUGAUCAUGCCCCUGAAACUAGGCAGCUGAGACAUCUCAUUUGCAGGGUCAUAAAGAGACUGGGCAGUUCAUUCAGGAUCAAAAAACUCACAGCAGAGGGUGGAUUUGAACUCAAGCAGUCUGGAUCUAGUGUCCAGGCUAUUAAGCCCCAGCAUUUGAUUCUGUUCAUUGUGUGAACAGCAGUAUCAUUUCUGACCCGACUCAGCUUUACCUGAGCCGCUCUGCUGUGUACAGGGAAGAGCUUUGACCCUGACAACAGGGAACCGGUCUCUGGGUAUAUAGAGCCGUUUUAGUUUUGUAAGAUAGGCUUGUGGGAGGGUCCCGGGGAAGCCUUGCUAUUUCUGAAAGCCCUUGCCUUUCCUGGAUUUUGCUGAGACUGGCUCUUGUUCAUUCUCCCUGAAACGUUUCUGCCCAGCCCACCAGGCAUUUCUGUAGGUUUGUAAUCUUGCAUGAGGCUUCUAGACCUAAGGCCUUAGAGGGGAAUCCAAGCAUGGGAAGGCAGUGACAGGAACCUGGGUACCCCCCAGCUCAACUAAGAUCCCCACAAUAAAUAUAUCAUUACCCCAAAUGCUUGUGACUGGAAAUGCUUUACUGUCUGGAAAAAAUUGUAUACAUUGUAUAAUGUGAUCAUGGGGAUGCAUUGAGCCUGGUGUGGCCUUGGUGGGGACAGAGGGACAUGGUUUUGUCUCUGGAACAGGGCCCAGUGUGAGUAUGAGUAUUACUGGCUGUUAUGGGAGUAGGCUUGUUUGUAUAAUAAUAAUUUUGAGGGAUGUCUUUGUUAACAUUAAUGACUUUAUGAUAAUUAGAAACAGUAAGAGUCUAGGAGUUGAGGGUAUGGCUAUGUCUUAGCAAAAUGGUAAACAUUGGGAUGCCUAGGACUUCCCUUAAGGCUGUAGAAAGAACUCUUAACACGACGGGCAGUGGUGGUGCACGCCUUUAAUUGGGACUUCAGAGUCCAAGGCCAGCCUGGUCUACAGAGUGAGACAAGGACUAGGACUAUACAGAGAAACCGUGUGUGUGUGUGUGGGGGGGGCUCUUAACACAUGAGUUUGAAAAUAUAUAAUUUUUAGUUAUAAAAAAAUAAAGAUAUAUAAAUUAUAUGAGGGGCUUUAUAAAUCUAAAAGAACAAAAAUCGUCAUUCUGUGAGUCAUCUUGUUAGAAAAUUCUUAAGGGAGGAGAUAAAGAGAUUUAGGGAGUGUAGAUCAUAGGUGAUCUUAUUUAGUUAAGUAUUUUAUUUAUGUUUAUAAAGAGGUGAAUUUUUAAGUUUAGGGUCAGCCUAAGACAGACUAAGGUUAGACUUAGGCGUGAUGAAAUGAUAAUUUCAGGACAGGGCCUCACUUAACUAGUUUAUUGUCUGUCUUAAUAAAGGUAGACGGAUCUUUAAAUUUUUUUAUAAUGUUAAAAAUGUAUAUUUGUUGUCAUGGGUCAUGGGAUAGUGAUUUAUAAGAUAAUAAAAAAACUAGAGUAAAUGACUAGAUUGGUAUGUAAUGCUUAAAGAAUUGACACAAGCAAGCAGGACAUGCAGAGAGAUCUCUUAGAAUAACAAACAAAAUAUAGACAGAAAAAUCUCCGGAGGGGGGGGGGGGACAACAGAGAGAGAAGCAGACUGGAAAAGCUGUAUUAAAUAGAACACAGGUCUUCAGCUUAUACCCAUGAUUCGACUUGAAAUCGUUCUUUUCUCUGCUCCCAGACACCCUUCUCUCAGAAGCCCUCUCUAAGCUGGGAGGCUGGUUGGUUCUUGGCAGGGAUGGCUCUCAAAUCUAAACUCAAGAGUUGUUUCAUACACACCUUAUACCCAUAGCCUAAGGCUAGCUUAUGUAACAUUUAAAAUACUUUUCUACAUUAAGCAGGGCAUGAUGGCUCACACCUAAGAUCCUAACACUCUGGAGUUGAAAGCAGGAGGAUUGGAAAUCCAAGGUCACCCUUGGCUACAUAGCAGUUUGAGGCUAGCCUGUACCUGUUCUCAAACAGCAACAAUAAUAAUUUUUUUUAGAACUUCCCACUUAUGGUAUGCCGUCAGUACUCAGAAGGUUUCUGAUUUUGAAGUGUACUGAGUUUGGAGUUUUCUUUUUUAGGAAAGUAAAGAGUUUCAACCCAGGGAUUCAAGUUCUAUAGUGAGAGACAUUUCCAGACCCUUGAGUCUUGUCAUCAGCCCACCUAUGCUUACUGGUUUUGUUUGCCCACCUGAUUGGUUGGUUGGUUGGUUGGGCUUUUGUUGUUGUGUUAGUUUAGUUUGUUUUUUCUUUUAAUUUGAUCUUAGUAGUCCUGGGUCUCUGAUCCAGGCCCGUAUGAAUGCUAAGCAAACUCUGUAUCAUUGACCCACACACUGUGGCCUCUAGCUUAACACAUGGUUUCUUUAAUAAACUUGCUUUGUUUAACAGGAUUUAAAAGUGUACUUAAUACAGUUUUACUCUAUCUGUAGAUUUGCUAGUUUCUUCAAAAUCCAUGUGUGGCAAAGACCUUCCAAUGAUUCAAGUUAGAGCAGUUCCAUUUUUGUAUCAAAAAGAAACACCGUCAGUGGCUGUCUGGACAUGUACCUUGCUGGGGAUGGUGCCAGAGCCUGGGUAACCGCCUGGACUUCAAUGAAGGGGGGUGGGGGGGCGCAUUGCAUUCCUCAGUGGGGAGGUGGAGGCCUAGAAUCAACUUUCUAACAUUUUUAAAUGGAUGGGGGUUGGGACAAGGCAGAGCACAGGUACAUACAUGCCACAGGGUGUGUGUGGGUGGCAGGGGACAGCUUGUGAGAAUCUGUUCUCUCCUUUCACCAUGUGGGCCCAGGAGAUCAAGCCCAGGCUGACAGGCUUGGAGUCAGCACCGAGCCAUCUUGCUAGCUAGCGCCUCCAUCUUUUCCUUAGGUAUGAGAGAACCUUAGAAAUCCAUAUUUGACAAGAUUGACUCGUAGGCACUUUCUCAUGGCUGCUGUUUCAUUUAAAGCAAAGCUGACGUUGGGACCUUCUGUAAAUUCUUCACAGAUUAAAACAAAAAAAACAAAAGCAAAUGUUUGUACAAGUGCACAAGAGGUGGGGUGGAUUGGAUAUAGGAUGCUUUUAGAAUUAAGUCGGGUGUUUCAGAGGGUGCGGAGGAAAGAGGUGGGAAAGAGAAGAGAUAGUGUAGUGCAUCUUUUUAUUGCUGUGUCUCAGGAAAGAGGAUGAAGCAGCUCUUGGGUUGUUCUCCGGUCUGGCCAGGUAAAUUUUCUUAGUUACAGCAGAGUUAAGUCCCCCCACCCCCACCCAAAAAAAAGCGGAGAACUGGGACAUCACAAGCCAGAGCCAUGUGGACAGGCUGGCCAAGCCAGAAGACCUAGAGCUUCAGUGGCCACUGGGCCUUCUACUAGGCCAGUAAACUGCAGAGUGAGCCCCCUCAGCCCAUCUGCUGAGCCUGCUGAAUGGUAGCAGCUGCUCCACUUUGCCUGUAGAUGUUGGCUAAAUUGGAGGCUUGUGUUGACUGGCCAGGAGGGCAAAAUUUACCUCUAAGCCAAGGAGCACUGGGAAUAUUGGGGUAGUCUGAGAAGCAGGACUGUCUGCUAAUGAAUGGAUUGUAUACUCAGGAGAAGUUCGUGAGUCCAAUGGGAACGUGUUGACACAUGUGAGUGCAUAUGUUAGAGAAAAAUCACUCCCAUCUCUGUGUUGCUGUAGUUGUUGGAGAUCAAGAGACAUCCCACAGAUAAGAGCCCAUGCUAUAAGCCGUCUGUGGACAGACCUCCCCAUGCCUUCACAGAAAUGCAUGGUAGAGGUGCUUCCUGGCUCCUUUCUGGCUUAAGAAGUCACCAGACAUGGGGCUGUAAGCCUGUGGACCUGGCCAUUUUACAGGGCACCAGGCUGGGUGAAGAAACCUGGCCCACAGGGUCGUGUUGCCCCAACAUCGUUUGUUGGACACAGAUAAUGUUUUUGUCCCCGCCCCAAUGGGAGACACUCAAUCUCUACCUCAAGGGCUUGGAUUGAGUUUCGCAAGCUUUAUAUUAGUAGGUGAUUGAAACACUUGGCUGGAUCGCAGCAGCCGUAGUGUGGUAACCUGUGUGGCACAAGCCUCCUGGGUGAGUCAUAGUUAAUGGUGGUUAGAGACUUACUGUCCUAGCUUUUCAGUAUUGGUGAAGCAUAUGUCUAUAUAGUUGUUUUUAGCUUGACAACCUAGAUCUAAAUAGGAGAUAUGGUGGUUUGGUUUGGUUUGGUUUUUUUCAAAACAGGGUUUCUCUGUAUAGCCCUGGCCGUCCUGGAACUCACUCUGUAGACCAGGCUGGCCUCGAAUUUAGAAAUCCGCCUGCCUCUGCCUCCCAAGUGCUGGGAUUAAAGGCGUGUGCCACCACCUCCCGGCUCUGAAUUUGUUUUAAUCAAGUACUGUAGUGACCCCCUCCAUUCAAUGUGCUCGCAAAUGUCUUGCACUCCGUGAGAUUUUGUUAGGUUCAGAAAUAACUUAGAAGCAUUUAUGGUAUAUUUUACAUUUUUCGUGUAAGUUUUCUUUUAUAGGCCCCAUAUUGAGCAUGUUUGCCUGUCGCUCUCUAGUAUAUAAACCGGGAACUGGGUGGACUUAACCAUUUCUUUGUGCAAAAGCCAGCAAUUCAGUCAGGCCUUCUUGUCAUUAGCCGUGGAAAAUGAGAUACUUCUGGCAGGAGUCCAUGCUGUGGAGGGAUGGCCAACCCCACCAAAGAGAAAGCAACCACAGAAGCCGUGGUCUGGAGACGAAGCCUGCCCCUUCACCUGAAGGAGUCUCAUCUGUAAAAUGGGGACGAUACUGUUUGGAUAAGGCUGAUGGACAUUUGACAAGUGCCAGCUUACUCACACUGCCACGUGGGUCUCCAUCUCAGUCACAAGCGACCUUGUUUUUUAAAGGGAGACUCUGAAGUACGGGUGGAAAUGGAGAAACAAGGGGAGCAUGGAUUUCACAAGUGCCUUCGGAGAAGACAGAAUAAGUCACCGACCCUGAUCCAGUGUCUGUCCAACAUCUCAGAUGUCAGCUGCUGUUACAAUGAUGGUAUGCCUGUUGAAGUCAAAGGGUCCUUCAUUCAGUACGGUGAAGACCUGAUACUAGAGGCACACUGCUUGCAGAUAUAUAAUACCACCCCGUGCCAUCUGAUAUGGGGACAGACAGUCCACACUCAUUGAAUUACUGGAAAAAUCAACUUUGCCUACAUAGUUAGGAAGCUAUUUGGAACCUCCAGUGUUUUUCUUUCUCUUAAACAAAUAAUGAAGCAAGCUUUGUAUGGGGACCACACCUGUAAUGCCAGCAGUCAGCAAAAAGACCACUGCAAGUUCAAGGCCAGCCAGUGCUUCGUAUUGGGUUCAAGCUACACCUGUAGACUAGUGCUACUAGUGAGCAGACAUCUGCCGUUUAGGGAGGUGAUGCUCUUCUGACCCCCAAGCUUCCUCCCUCGCUGUCUCUGCUCAGAACAAGCGUUUUCCCAGUAAAGCUCACCCAUUGCCGAGAAGACGAGAGCUCACUGCAGGCAUCUCUCCUACUUUAAUGGCUGAGGCAGAGAAAUCCAUCAUUAACUCAAGCUCUUCCCCUGGGGUCAGCAUGCUAUCGUGGAGGAAGGGCAGAGAGCAACGCAGACUCCUCAUCCCAGUCUCUCCACCCACUGUGCUGUGCUAUGCUGUGCUGUGCUGUUCUGUGCACCCGUGAAACGGCUAUCAGAGUCAACAGCACAGCUAGUGUCUGGCAGCUGGCUUCGUCUAGUGGCUGAUGGGAGGAGUUUCCUUUCAAGACCUCUGCUGCUCUAGAGGACAGGCCCUUUCCUCCUAAGUAAAAGGAAAAUGCCAGGUAGAUUCUUAUUUUCCCUUUGUGGGUUUACCUGCCAAGGUCAUAGGAGACUCUACAGGUGAGAGGAGUGGAGAGCAAAAUUCCUCCUGACUGUUGAGUAGAAGUCACAACAAGCCUACUGUGUGCCUGGUGGUUUCUUUGGCAGGUGGAGGAGAGAGCAUAGUGAUGGCUAAGCAGUGGGGCCCUGGGGCACUUGGUCUAAUGAGGUGAGAGGCAUGAGAGGUAAAUAAUAAAACAGCUCUAAACCAGUGCUCCCGACAGUAGCACCCCCUCAACCCCCACUCCCACCAAGAGGGAGCCAUGGGCGAGGGCCCGGGUGUAAGCUGUGCUGUCACAUUCGGCCUUGCACCUGGUGUAAUGCUCUUUUGUGAUCUUGAAAUUCUUAUUUGUGUGUGUGUGUGUGUGUGUGUGUGUGUGUGUGUGUGUGUGUGUGUGUUGGGGCUGAAACUCUUGAGUGUAAAACAGGAUAGGUUACCAGUCUGCUGAGGGCAGCUGAGGCCAUCACGCUGCAACACUGGGAGGAUACCAACCAUUAGCAAUUCAUUGACAGCCUUGCAGAGAUAGUCUGUUUCGGCUAGCUGGGGCUGGGGUGGGUGAGGUUUUGCCUGAGCUAGAGAUCUUGUAGGACUACGGGGCUGCUGGAGAGGAGUCCUGAGCCAGGGGCAGUGAGGCAGAUAUGCAGGAGUGAGGCAAGGCCCUCUGUGGAGCCACGGAGCGCAGCCGCUCAGCUGCAGCGGACGACCUGCGGAUCAAGGUUCUUGUCAGCGUCGAGAGCGAGCGUCACUAGAACAAAUAUUCAUCCAAAAAUAAACUUCCUGCUCUUCCUGUUUUUAUAACUUGCCUAUUUCCUCUGAGUUUGAGGCUGGUCUCCUGUUCCGUGGGUGUUAAUCUUCAGAGGAUCAAGACCUCUAUAGAAGCAUUUCCUGUACAUGUUUAUCCACCCAGCCUGAAAUUAUUUUCUCCAAAUGAUAAGAGAAUUUUUUUCCAUCCUGGUAUGUCAGCCUUUGAAAGGUUUUCAGUUGGGAAUCCCAGGGAUGAAGGCUCCAGCCAAGUCAUAGGAGACCCAGACAGUGACAGCUAUAUUGUGCGUGUCAAGGCUGUGGUUAUGACCAGAGAUGACUCCAGCGGGGGAUGGUUCCCACAGGAAGGAGGCGGGAUCAGUCGCGUCGGCGUGUGUAAGGUCAUGCACCCUGAAGGCAACGGACGAAGCGGCUUUCUCAUCCAUGGCGAGCGACAGAAAGACAAACUGGUGGUAUUGGAAUGCUAUGUCAGAAAGGACUUGGUCUACACCAAAGCCAAUCCGACGUUUCAUCAUUGGAAGGUUGAUAACAGGAAGUUUGGACUUACUUUCCAAAGUCCUGCAGAUGCACGAGCCUUUGACAGGGGCGUGAGAAAAGCCAUUGAAGACCUUAUAGAAGGUUCAACGACCUCCUCUUCCACUCUCCAUAACGAAGCUGAGCUCGGAGACGAUGACGUUUUCACGACAGCUACGGACAGUUCUUCUAAUUCCUCGCAGAAGAGGGAGCCGACUACGAGGACAAUCUCCUCCCCCACGUCCUGUGAGCACCGGAAGAUUUAUACCCUUGACCCAUACCCCAUGGACCAUUACCACCCUGACCAGCGGUUGCCGCGGUCCUACCCCCAGGUCACCUUCCCAGAAGAUGAUGAAGAAAUUGUACGCAUCAACCCCCGAGAGAAGAUCUGGAUGACCGGUUAUGAAGACUACCGGCACGCGCCGGUUCGCGGCAAAUACUUAGACACCACAGAAGACGCGGACUCCUACGUGCGCUUCGCCAAGGGCGAAGUCCCCAAACACGAAUAUACCUAUCCCUAUGUUGAUUCUUCGGACUUCGGCUUCGGGGAGGAUCCCAAAGGUAGUGUGAUCAAGACACAGCCGCCCAGGGCCAAGUCCCGUCGGCGGAAGGAGAACGGCGAACGGUCGCGGUGUGUGUACUGCAGGGAUAUGUUUAAUCACGAAGAGAACCGAAGGGGCCACUGCCAAGACGCGCCCGACGCCGUGAGAACUUGCAUUCGCCGGGUGAGCUGUAUGUGGUGCGCGGACAGCAUGCUGUACCACUGUAUGUCCGACCCCGAGGGAGACUACACUGACCCUUGUUCGUGUGACACAAGCGAUGAGAAGUUUUGCCUCCGGUGGAUGGCUCUAAUUGCCUUGUCUUUCCUGGCCCCUUGUAUGUGCUGUUACCUGCCCCUCCGGGCCUGCCACCGCUGUGGAGUGAUGUGCAGGUGCUGUGGUGGGAAGCACAAAGCCGCCGCGUGACUCGGUUCCCCUACUUUCUGCUUCUCCAUCCACGGCCACGGGCAACUUGUCUCUUGCGCACUCCCCCAUCCUCUCCCUGGUUCCCUUCCAACUCCAAAAGGCUAGGCCAAUAAGAGGAGGCCAGGCUCUGUGGUCCCUUGGUGACAUCAUUCCAAACCUGGGGUAGCUGCCGCCCCCUGUGUCAGCCACAUACCCCCUCUCGCAGUGUUCUGAGGAAAGGAGCCUUCGGCAUAGACUCGUGUAUUUUACCAGCCUAUAAUCGUGCUGAGUGUUGGUUUCCUGCCCCUCCUUCCCACCUUUCUGGUUCUGCAGACUUGGAGGGGUUUAUUGACUCUCCCCCCCCCUCCCCCGCUCUGUGACUUUUUUUUUUUUCUUCUCCCCAUUGGGUUUGCCUGUCGCUAACUAGCAUAGGUCCCACAGAGAUGUGACAGAAUGAUGAAGCCGGCACCACAGCAUGUUGUUAUGUGAGGAGGCAAUCUGGAUAGCAAGCAUGUACCACAAAACAGUAGUACUUUAACCCCUAAUGCCACGUCUCCCCAUCAGCUGCCGGUUUUGUCUUUAACCUGCUAUCAUCUCUUCUCCUGCCCCUCCCUCCCCAUGAAUUAAUUCACUAAUGCAAAACAAUCACUUUUUAAAUGACUUUUUGAGCCUUAAAUCCAUAUUCACUUGUGAGAAUCAGGAAAGAAUUCCUCGAGUUGCUUUGCAUCCUCUUGGACCAGGGCUUGCAAGGCGAUUUGGGUUUCUGUGAGCUUGCCCAGUUGACCCGAAAAAUAGGACUUUUUAGAAUUGCAUUGCCACUUCUAAAAUCCUAGCAAUACUUAGAAUAACACAUCAGUGAGAUAAAUUUUACUCAAUUAUUUUACAAACCAAAUUGAGUUAUUCAAACACAAGCCAGUAUUCUGUGAACAAGUUCCAGAUGAAAAACACAGAAGUUGUGAAUGAAGUUGUAGCCAUUCCCUGCCCUGCACUAUAUUUUUCAGGGUGCAUUUUAAAUACUAUUGAUUCAAACAGUGGUGGCUUGCGUUUUUUUAGGUAUAUAUUUUUGGUUAGUUUUUUGGGGGGGGUUGUUUUGUUUUUUUAAUUUGAGGCUCAAUUCUUCAUUUAUACUUGAAAAAAACAAGGCCAUAUGUAAAGAAAAAAAAAAACCCUCUUUCAAUGCCUAAGUGUCUUCUUCUAUCACUCCACACCCACAGUUGCCACUUGGGGUGCACAGAUAAGGGUAGGUCACCAACUGAUUAUGCCUGUCUCUGAGCCAUGCAAGAGGCUCCUAAUGUGCUGGGGGGGGGAGCACAUAUGCAUAUAUAUAUAUGAGAAUAGCCAACUUCUACAGAAAAAAGACAAGUGGAAGUGGUUUACCAAUACCUAGCAUGGUACAAUCAGAGCUCCGUGGGGACUGUAGGGAGCAGGGUGUUACUACUGGCCGUUCUUCCCACAGUGAUUAACGGUAGAGAUCAAGCUCAGUCCCCUUUAUCCCCCCCCCCCCCCAAGCUCAGUCCCCUUUAGUCCUUCUUCCCCUCCCCCCUCCCCCAUUGCACACAGACAUCCGUCUUUAAAGGAAAAGGCCUUUUUUCCAGUCAAUCAGUCAGUCAGUCAGUCAGUCAGUCAUACUGGGAGAAGCUAGCCUUGCAUCCCUAGCACUGUCUCUUCCUGGCAGUGCUUUCUGCUCGCCCGACAGACAGCCUGUCGUGUCUCUUUGGACAGACGGACCAUCAGUGUAGAUAAUCAGCAUGCUUGUGCAUUACGUGGAGGUUGGAGGUGUCAUCUUUGUUGGGAUGACUGAUUGGGGCUAUCUGUUGUCAACAAGCGUCGUCUCCACCAUUGUGGAUGGAGGGGGUCUCUGUGCUAGGAGACUCUAUAGACUGCCUCCAGCCGCCCUCCAGUGCUGUGGAGAGACUGUCCCCAGCCUGAGGGACUCUCCUCGGGCCCUCGCCUCUCUACCAAGCACAACACUAAUCCUGUUUCCUUAAACCUCCGUUCAAGUGCCCCUAUUUAUUUCAGUGAGAAUGCGUGUCCGGUUGCCUCUGUCCCUGUUUGUGCGUCCUUCCUCCCAGCCGGUUCCCACCCUCCUAAGGGUUAUGCCAGUGGAUCUCACGCCUCUGUGCAUCACCUAUCUUUGGUUUGUGAAGGCAGCAGUUAAGGGCACAAAGACAGCCAUGGGGACAUUUAUGUAAAUAUGUUUAAUUGCCACACUGCAGCUGAACGGUGUGUAGUAUUUUCCCAGUCAGCUUUGCCAUACUGACGUCAAUCAUUUGAGAGAAAUUAUUCAGAUUUUAUUUUUAUAUCCAUGGUAACAGAACCUAACCAAAAGGUUUCCCGUUCAGAAGUUUCCUUAGCUCUCGUCCCAAGCUAUUCGCUCACAUUAACAAGUCAAAGUGCCUGAAGCAUAACUCAUUUACCUGUAUACUAAAACCCCUGUUGUACUGAUUUUUUUUUAUAAUAAGCCUUUUUACCUCUGUAAAAAUAUAUAUAUAUACAAGUGUAUGAUGUACAUUUUAGUUCUUAACUUUUUUAUGGUUUCUAAUAUGUAUGACCAAUGUAGCCAUUGCUUUGAAAUGUAAAUAUAAACACGUCCUAUCCGA